CAGCGUUCACCGCCGUUCAGAGUGUUCGAGGACUGCUGGCAGGUCGAAACAAGAAGCAGCCGUCUACGGCAAGUAACUUACGACCGAUCGCGACCAAACAUAUUCUACGAUGCGUGCGGCUGUUUAUUCAAGUUUCAUCUGGUCGCUGUUGCCCCCGCUGUGGUAUACCCUUUGUGCGACCGCUGCCCCAACCGACUUACCCUCCGCCGCAUCUCUGUAUGUCCCGCACAUACCGGACUUACACCAGGACGAAGAGCAUCCGUUGCACAUAUAUGCUGGGUACCUCCCCUCGGAUCCAGAUGCACGCUCGGCGCCGUCGACUGAGAUCACGGCGCACUUAUAUUUCGUGCUCGUGAAGGCGCGGCGGACGGCGGACAAGGAGCGUAUACUGUUCUGGUUCAACGGGGGACCCGGUUGCUCAUCAUUCGACGGUCUGAUGAUGGAGGUGGGACCGUGGCGGCUGGACGGCAAGGGUGGACUGGACAGAACAGAAGGCGGCUGGGAAGAGUACACGACUAUGGUCUACAUUGACCAGCCUGUAGGGACUGGGUUCUCGUAUACAUCCUCGAACAAAUAUCUGCACGAACUCCCUGAAGCUUCUCACCACAUUCUAGAAUUCUUGAGGAAUUUCUACCUGGUCUUUCCCGAAUAUCAACAGAUGGAUACAUUCUUAGGUGGCGAAAGCUUCGCUGGCCAAUACAUCCCAUACUUCGCGGAUGCCAUCCUCAGCUCGGACUUGAAUAUACCAUUACGAGGAGCGGCUAUAGGCAAUGGUUGGAUAGAUGCGCGCACUCAGUACCCUGCAUACCUCGAUUAUGCUGUUAAGCACAAUCUCAUUGAGGAGAAUUCAGAAGGAUACAAGCGGACAAAGGAUAUCACCGACAGAUGUAUGAACAAUCUUGCACAGUACACAACUAUCUAUCCUGUGCAUGACGACUUAUGCGAGUCUGUCAUGAACACCAUUAUCGAUGCCAGAACCAAAACGACGGAUAACAAGCUGCAAUGUCUGAACAUGUACGACGUCCGGCUCUAUGACGAUUACCCGGCCUGUGGCACGAACUGGCCGCCGGACCUCACUCCCAUGUACACGUACCUACGUCGCCCAGACGUCGUCCGCGCGCUUCACGCCACGGACGCCGUCUCGCAGUGGGAAGAAUGUCGUGGCAAGAUCCACCGCAACUUCGCCACGAAGCAUUCGAAUGCGUCUGUCACGCUUCUCCCGCGCGUUCUCGAGAAGAUUCCUGUGAUGCUCUUCGCUGGCGACCAGGACCUGAUAUGCAACUACGUCGGCCUCGAGAGCAUGAUGCAGAGUAUGACAUGGAAUGGGGAGAAGGGUCUAGGAACAGUGCAGACACAGUCAUGGUCGGUCGAUGGCACGCCUGCGGGGACGUGGGUCACGACUAGGAACCUCACCUAUGUCAAAAUUUUCAACGCCUCGCACAUGGCUGGCUAUGAUGUCCCACACGUGACCCACGACAUGAUUCUGCGCUUUAUGGGUGUCAACUUCUCUGCCCUCACGGACGGCUCGGUGCGGAUACCGAGUGCCGUUGGCUCAGAUAGUAAACCUGUUCCUGCACUACUGGAUGAAACACCGACGACGACGCCCGUGAGCGGGAAGACGCCAGAGCAAGACAAAGCGAUGUGGGAAGCGUACUACAACGCUGGCUCCGCUGCCCUCGUGCUCUUACUCAUUGCGCUUGUCAUCGGCGGCUUCCUUUGGUGGCGCUUCCGGCGCAACCGCUCGCGCCGCCUGCCAGGCACCCUAUCGUCUCAGGCCGCAUACGAGGAGCACAUCCCGCUCACGGAGAGCAGCGAGUUCGAGGAGCAGAACGCGUACCGCCCCGGUGACGGAAGCGGCAACGGGAAGGGCAAGGAACGCGCGUCGGAGUACACGCCCAAGGAAGAGAUUUUCCGUGUCGACGACAGCGACGACGAGGACACGAAAACGCCGACAGGAACGCGCUAGCAUCAUAGUUUUGCGAGACCUAAUAAGGCGAUAUGGGGUUUUUUUGUAUGUGUGACUUAUGCGCGGUAUCUAUAUGCAUUUAUU